CUAUUGUUAGGCAUUUCAAAUCUCAAUCUCUGUAUUAAUAUAACAUUCUUCAUUGCAAUGCACAUUGUGAUGUGAGAGAGAGAGAGAGAGAGAGAGAAAAUGGGUAGAGGCGGAGGAGGAGAAGAUCGUGAAGGGGUCGUCAUGGCUGGGGACUUCUUCUGGUCCUACACCGAUGAACCUCACGCCUCACGACGCCGUCAGAUCCUCUCCAAAUACCCUCAAAUCAAGCAACUCUUCGGCCCUGACCACUCCGCAUUCUUCAAGAUUAGUGGAGUUGUUUUGCUUCAGCUUGGUACUGCUACUCUACUUCAGGAUGCAGGCUGGCUGAAGAUACUACUAGUAGCCUAUUUUUUUGGCUCAUUUCUCAACCACAAUCUCUUCUUGGCUAUCCAUGAGCUCAGUCACAACCUAGCCUUCUCAACUCCGGCCUUAAACCGUUGGCUCGGUAUUUUUGCUAACCUCCCCAUAGGUGUGCCCAUGUCUGUAACUUUCCAAAAGUAUCACUUGGAGCACCACCGCUUCCAAGGUGUAGAUGGUAUUGAUAUGGAUAUCCCUAGCCUCGCCGAAGCACAUGUCGUGACAAAUGUUUUCGCAAAAACCAUAUGGGUCUUUUUACAGCUCUUCUUUUAUGCCUUUAGACCACUGUUUCUCAAACCAAAGCCUCCUGGUAUCUGGGAAUUCAUCAACUUUUCUGUUCAGAUAGCACUUGACGUGGCCAUGGUUUAUUUCUGGGGAUGGAAAUCCCUUGCCUAUCUCAUACUCUCCACAUUUGUUGGUGGAGGGAUGCAUCCAAUGGCUGGUCACUUCAUUUCAGAGCAUUAUGUCUUCAAUCCUGACCAAGAGACAUAUUCAUACUAUGGACCUUUGAAUCUUGUUACAUGGCAUGUGGGCUACCACAAUGAACACCAUGAUUUUCCUAGAAUUCCUGGAAACAAGCUUCACAAGGUGAAGGAGAUUGCUCCAGAGUACUAUGAUGAGUUAGCAUCCUAUAAAUCUUGGAGCCAGGUCAUUUACAUGUAUCUUAUGGAUCGAACGGUUGGGCCUUUUAGCCGAAUGAAGAGAAAGCCUGGCAAAACAGAGUAGAUGAUGAUUCCCAUUCACAUUAUUGGUUUUUCUAGCCUUUAUAUUCCCCUCCUUGUAAUGUCUCCUUCUCCUUGGAUACUCUUUAUAAACCUCACUUUUGACAAUUUUAUAUGUAACAGGAAUGUAUUGUAGUUUUUGACACCAAUAGCAAGUUAUUUGUUCAUUA